AUGAAAGUCUGCAAGCCAGAUUCAGGAAGUGCAAGGCAGCUUUCCUUCUUCUGUUCUGAAUGGAUGCUUUAUCCAGUUAUAAGCUCUUCAUUUUCUGAUGCAGUUAAUGAGAAAUGCUCGUUAGAAAAAGAUUUGAUUAUAAAUAGUGCGAUGAUCGGCGACGGUACACAAUAUCAGAAGACCAGCAACAAUUCCUUGGCUCACCGUAACGAACGGCAUCAGCUCUAA